AUGGGUCAUAGAGGAAAAUUAGGAGGAGCUUUGGUACUUACCUUCCUUUUACUUGGAUGUCUUGCAGUUUCCUACUCGUUCAGUUGGUACAGAAUCAAGGUUACCUUCCCAACAAUGAGCGGUAAUCAAUCGGAUCUAGAUACCUAUGCAGAUUAUUUCUGGACGAAAUUCAGAAUAACCAAUGCUGUCAGUGAUCAUGAAGUUGAAACUGAUUAUGGAGACAGUACAAAAGAUAUUAAACAAGUGUUCACUGUUUCACUUUCAUUCCUUUCGGCAUCGGCUGCCGCUGCUGUUGCAGUAGCAAUCUUCCAGAUUAUCGGUAUCAUUGCAAGAAGCAGAUUCUUUAGAAUCCUCGCCGGUAUCGGUGGUCUUGUCUCUUUUGCACUGUUGGCUGUAGCAUUCUUCACCUUCUUUGGUAUUACAAAGGCCUUCGACAAAGACAAUCAAUGUAUUGGUGCACCAUCCAAAGAUAACUAUUGUAAAUCAUUCUACGGUUCAGCUGAUAAUCUAUUAAAUGCCGAAUACAAAUGGAUGCCAUAUAUUGGUUGGUGGGUAGGUGUAGGUGGAUUAGCUUUUUCAUUAUUAACUGCAAUUGCAUCUUUCCUUGCUUAA